AAGAAAUUUGUUAUUUCUGAAGAUAAGCCCUUUGAAUUUGAUCUUUGUGUGUAUUUUCAGGUAACUGAGCUGAAUGAGCCUCUCUCAAAUGAGGACAGAAACCUGCUGUCUGUAGCCUACAAGAACGUAGUUGGAGCUAGACGAUCCUCCUGGCGUGUCAUCAGCAGCAUAGAGCAGAAGACUAUGGCUGAUGGGAAUGAGAAGAAGCUGGAGAAGGUCAAAGCCUAUAGGGAGAAGAUAGAAAAGGAACUUGAGACAGUCUGCAAUGAUGUUUUGGCUCUCCUCGAUAAGUACUUGAUCAAGAACUGCAAUGACUUCCAGUAUGAGAGCAAGGUUUUUUAUCUGAAAAUGAAAGGAGAUUAUUACCGCUAUUUGGCAGAAGUUGCUGCUGGAGAGAAGAAGAACAGUGUUGUGGAAGCCUCAGAAGCUGCCUAUAAGGAGGCCUUUGAAAUCAGCAAAGAGCACAUGCAGCCUACUCACCCAAUUAGGCUUGGGCUGGCACUCAAUUUCUCCGUGUUCUACUAUGAAAUCCAGAAUGCUCCUGAGCAAGCCUGCCUUUUAGCCAAACAAGCCUUUGAUGAUGCCAUAGCAGAGCUGGACACACUAAAUGAGGAUUCCUACAAGGACUCCACUCUCAUCAUGCAGUUACUUCGAGAUAACCUCACUCUGUGGACGAGUGACCAGCAAGAUGAAGAAGCAGGAGAAGGCAAUAAUUAAAAAGCUUUCCUGUGAUCUGUCUUUCAUCCACUUCACAAUCCCUGUCAUCACCAAUAUUACCUUGCCACAGUCACACUAAAUAUCUAGUGCUAAGCAUAUCUGUAUUGUACAGCUGUUCAGAUUUGCUGUCCACUUUAUCAAGAAGCAGUUUCAGAUGAGCCUUCAUGGGUGUUGAUGGAUUGAUUGGUUUAUUGGCCCUAGUUAUCUUAGUUGCACUUCAACAGUGCAGAAAGAUAUAUAUAUUAAAUGAGGCAUUUUUAGUUUGCCUGUUGAUUAGAACAGAUGGGAAAGAAUAAUGGAAAAAACGAUUGAAGAUGAUUAGAUUCCAGUUUAAAUUUUUGCCAUUUGAAAUGAGCUGACUGUUCUGUUAAGCAGUACAUUUUGUGCAUGCAAAGUAAACUAGCCACCUCAAUUUUUUUUCAGUCAAUGCAAACAGUUAAGCUGAUGUGAAAUGACAACCCUGUUCAUCAGUUUACAAUAAACUGUUUGAAAUGUGAAGUUUUGGUAGCAAAUUUUUUUUUGCCUCUUAACUUAUGUGCACAGUUUAUUUUAAUGCAGUGCAUCUACCUAAGAGUUUUGAUACUUGUAACCUUUUGCAGUUGUUUUGAAGAAUCAUGAAUUUAUUUUUUGUAAACUCUUUGGCUGUUUAGUUGUCUGUGUAUUCUGACAACACUAUGUCAAUAUUAGCCCAUGUUAAGAUGGAUGACCGAGAUGCCAGACUUCUAAAUUAAAUGUUUUGGAAUUAAAUAAAAUAAAAUGCUGCUUCGGGGAAUAUUAUCUCUA